UUGACAACCGAUGCUGGUGUGUUCACGUAUCCCGUAACUUAGCCGUUCGCCAAAAGCGAUAAAUAGAAUAAGUAUUAGGCUUAGAAAGAAUAAGUCCUGGGGUCGAUUUGUUCGACUAAAGGCGGUGCUCUAGCAGGGCCGCACUCAAAUGACUGAAAUAAAUAAAAUAUGUUUGUGUGCGCGUGCGCGCGUGUUUAUAACCUUUAUGCGGUAGCUCAAUCUACCAGAAAUAUCAGUCAAAUCUCUAAAAUUACAUUCUAGUGACUCAUAAAAGGAAGAGGUAGUUGCGAAUGUAUAGUUUGAUUGGAUGUUCAUGGCCGGGUUGCUUGAUCGGUACUGACAACACAUAAAGUCCACUUUCUACUAAAUAAAUAAACAGCCGAUGUGAUAAAAUGAAAGUAGUAAAGUUAAGUAGAUGAAGGAGUAGAGAGAGGAAGAGACGGGCAGAGAGAGGAAGAGACGGGCAGAGAAAGCGAGAGAGAAGAAUAAGUUAGUGUGGUGGAUGAAGAGUAGGUAUUUACAGAGAAAUAUAAAUUCUGAAACCCGGAACCAGGUUUAGUUACUUGUGCUAACAUCGUGCUUUCUCUUCUCUUUAUGCAAACUGUCAAAUUUAGCCUGAAAAUUUUAAGUUAUUGAUAUUACAGUUGGCACAUUACCUCAACGUUUUCAUGACUUUAUCGGUAGCUAUCCAGAAGAAAUAACGUGUUGUAUCUUUUGUGAACCAAAGACUUUGUGAAUCAAAUAUGACUCGGCCAGCUAACGAAGAAGAGAAAAAAGUAGAUUCUGUGGAAGUUGUUUACCAAAAAAAGAUUACUGAAAUAGAAAAGGAACCACUGACCCGGACAGUUAUUGUAGAAAGGCGUCCAAGGCUGUGUUUCAAAUGCGUCUCUUUUGCUUUGAUCAUAAUUGCAGUGGUAAUAGCGGUAACUGGUCUAAUUCAGGUGAACAUUUUGCAACAGCCUGAGCCAUCACCGCGUCCACAAUCUCACCAUGCCUUCUUCCAACUGAAAACAGAGGGUUACACUGAGUUGGAGAGAGUAACUAAUUUGCACUGGGAGAAAAGUAGGCAGCAGAAUGUAGGCAACAUUCAGCUGGUUGACGACACUUACAUAUAUAUUCCACAAGAUGGGAUUUAUGAAAUAAACUGUGCAGUGCAAUUGUAUAUUCCAAAAGAUACUUCUUCGAUGGUUGUAACCUUGAUGUUUCAGAAAAAGAAUGGAACAAAAUAUGAAUAUAUGAAAGAAAGUUCUAACUCCUUAGAAGAUUUACCAGAACAUGUUGUAAUACAAUCGGGAUUUACAUACCGAUUGAAAACUAAUGAUACAAUCUUUUUGAAGAUGAACAUGGCAAAAUACAUCAGUCCCAAUAAACCCUCAAGCUAUUUGUCUAUUACCAGCUUACACGAAAAUCUUCAUCAAUAAAGUGGUUGUGUUGUGAUUUAGGCAUAGGUCAACUGUUUUCUUUAAAAGUUCUUUUUCACCAUAAAACAUCUUAUGAAUAA